UAAGUUGAAUCAGAGAUUUGAAAGGAAACAGAAAAACCAAUGACAUCAAAUGAGUGAUGUUGAUGGAGGAGAUUAAUCAAAACAAAGGUAAAUUCUGUGUCUUUAUGAUGAUGUUUACACUUGACUCAAUUGAUUAUUUUUCAGUUGAAAGUUAUCAUGGUGAAUGAUGCCAAUGACCAUGAUGAAAUAUCUAAUAUUGUUAACAAUAAUUGAUAAGAUAUGGAGGGUGAAAGGUGAGAAUUGGAUGAAUACAAAUGGCCAUUAAAUUGGUUCCAAUAGGAAACAUUAUUUGAGUUAUUUUUUUUUAUUACAAUGAUGUAAUUAUCAACAAUAUGAAGAUGAAGAUCAAGAGGGCAAUCAAGAUUACGAAAAGAUUUAUUUAAUCUAGGCUAGAUUAUCUAGCAAAUAUUUUAUUUAACCUGUGAUUUACUAUUUGAAAGAUGGAGGAUCAAAAUCAAAGUGAAUCAGAUCAAUACAUAAAACCGAGGAUGGAAAUACCUUCAUACGAAAAACCUUUGACCCGGAAUCCAAGUCUAAGCCGUUCGAUGCCGGACAUAACUCGAGAUACUCCUGAUGAUAUUCGUAUUGAUACAUUAAAAGAUGUGAAAAGAAUGCCAAUGGUAUUUGAACGCCUUAACGUGAAUGCACCUACUUUCAACGAUAUGAUCAGUAAAGGACAGCCCGUUAUUGGUCAACAAUUACCUGAAUUGAACUUUUGCAAUUCACCGGGAACAAGUGCUGGUUUUACUAAACCUUUACGAUGGAUUAAUGGUGUUCUGGGUUGUCUAAUAAGUGCCAUUGGCAAGGGAAAUAAUAAAGAUAAAAAGGCCGAUGAUUGGGAGAUUCUUGUUGAAAGAAUUCAAGAUCUUCAAUUGAUUGGAAGUGGAGCACAAGGAGCUGUAUUUUUUGGAAGACUCGAUAAUCAACCAGUUGCCGUUAAAAAAGUUCGUGAAAAAGUUGACACCGAUAUUAAGCAUCUUCGAAAACUUGACCAUCCCAACAUAGUUGCCUUUAAAGGAGUUUGUACUCAACCUGGAUGCUAUUGUAUUAUAAUGGAAUAUUGUCCGAAUGGUCAACUAUAUGAUAUACUUAAAGUUCGUAAAGUCCCUCCAAAUACAGUAGUCGACUGGAGUCGGCAAAUAGCUUCUGGAAUGAAUUAUCUUCAUCAGCGUAAAAUUAUCCAUCGAGAUUUGAAAUCACCGAAUGUCCUUAUGAGCAGUAACAAUGUCCUAAAAAUAUCAGACUUUGGUAAUAGUCGCCUUUGGGACGAUAAAAGUAUGAAAAUGUCAUUCGCUGGUACAGUUUCUUGGAUGGCACCAGAAGUGAUCAGAAAUGAGCGUUGCUCAGAAAAGGUUGACGUUUGGUCAUAUGGUGUUGUAAUUUGGGAAAUACUGACCAGAGAGAUCCCAUAUAAAGAUGUUGACUCGUCAGCUAUCAUGUGGGGAGUUGGUAAUACAAGCCUUCACUUACCAGUGCCAACAACAUGUCCCGAUGGUUUGAAACUUUUACUGAACCAAUGCUGGAAACAAAAACCAGCUAAUCGGCCAACUUUUGCUCAGAUCUUAGAUCACUUGGAUAUUGCUGCAAAUGAGAUAAUCAGCAUUGGAAAUGAUAAAUUUUAUCAACUACAAGCAACAUGGAAAGAGGAAAUUGACCUUUAUUUUUCACAUAUGAAGAGAGUCUCUGGACAAAUCAGCCCAUUCUCAAGUGACGAUGAAUUAGAUCUUACCCGGAAAAGAGAAGAGGAAACUCAAGCCGUUCUAGAGGAAAAACGUAUCUACGAAAAGAAGCUCGAAAAUGUUAAUAAUCUAUACCUUGAACUUCAAGCUGUUUACCUGCAGUUAGAGCAAAGAGAGAAGCAAAUUAAACAGAAAGAAACCUUAAUCAAGAAGAGAAAAACUCAUUACGACCAAUGUAUCACCGAAAAGGUAGAUCGUAUUCUUCAGAUUUUGGACAAUGAAACUCACGAGAACCUCGAAGAUGUUAAUAAAAUCGUCAAAAUGGAAGUGAUCAGUUUAAAGACUUGUUUAAAAUGGUUCAAAGACAAUAACGAGAUGAAUGAUACAUUCAAAUCAAAACACAGCCAAGAAAAUAGCCCAGAAGACUGAUAAAUCCAAUUAGCAUCCCCAAACUCAAAUAUUGCAUCUUUUUCACCUUUAAUCUUACAAUUUAAAGAGCAAUUUAAUUUGAAUUGUGAUCUUUUUUCAUCCAAUGUGAUGUAUCUUAUUCGCCUUUUUAACCGGUAAAUCUGGAUGAAUAUCAACACAAUUGGAUUCAUUUGAUUAUCACCAAUGCCAAAAGAUCUCUCAUUUAUCUCACUCAUUUCCAAAGCUUCUCUAUUUCUCUCUCUCUCUCCCUCACAUAUACUCACCACUCAAAUUUUAUCACAAUUUAAUUGAUAAUUAGAAAAUGCAGCUCAUCUUGCAAUAUUUUUCUUCUCAUCAGCACCAACUCAAAAUCCAUUGGAAAUCAUUUUUAUCUCACUUCAAACAAAAUCAAUCGUCUCACUUUGCCAGUAUUGAAAGUGAAGCAUUUCUAAGCUCAUUCACAAAAAUAAGAGUUCUAAACAUUUACCAGAUGAUCAUUUUGAUCUUAUAUUUUUCUUCACUCGAAUUUUAAACAAAAGGAGUAACUUUCGUGAUCUUCGAACCUUCAAAUCAAUUGUUUUUACUUUUCUUCUCUUAAACUCUCUUCAUCAAUUCUUUUUCUCUCUUCUAUUUUGGAUACCCUCUUUAUCCAUCACCUUUAUACUCAUGAAAACUUACCAACAUUCCUCAUAUCUCCAUGUCUGGUUAAUUCACUCUGAUUAUGCUUCUCAUUAAUCACCACAAUUAAAAAUAAAAAUUAUUCUUUUCUAGUUUAGCAACAAA